AUGGAACGACGAUUGUUGAUCAUGGCUCGAGAGAACUACAACGAGCUGAAGAAGGAGUUCCAGUUGGUUUUGCAAGAGAAUAAGCGGCUGAGACAAGAAGCUAAAGUAAUUUUCAUUCAACCUGUACCAUUAUUUAGAGGGAAAUUGAUUCGGAGAUUGAAUUUGUACGUCAAAUUACCCGGGAAGUUUUGCAUGAAAUCGAAUUGGAGAAGAAGAUCAGGGAAGAAAUCUUCGACGAGUUCAAAGUAAGUCUACACCUUUGGACAAUUUAAUAUUCUUUAGUCCAAAACAGUAUCAGAUAUCCGGGAAAUGUACGAGAAAGAGGUUAGCUUGCUAUUAGAAGAUAAAAAAUACCAUGGACAUGAAGUGACAACCCUAAAAGAUACCAUAGCCACGCAGGAUGUGCAGAUAGAAGAACUCAGAAGACAACUGAAACAAGCAAACGUCUCAUCAAGUAGAAAUGGAGGAAUUGAAGACAGAAAAGGCCGUCGAAAUGAACAAAAAACUUACAGAACUCAAUUUAACCCUUUCCGGACGAGUCGGCACCUCCAUGCAGAAAUGAAAGAGGGUACCCUACUGAGUAACGGCAUAAUAGUGGUUCAGCCCAUCGAAGCGUUAUUUGGGACUUAUGACAAAAAAUGUCCUAAAAAGUACCCCCAGUUGACAUAACCCUUAUAAAAUUUAGCUAACGACCUGUAAAUUAGAAACUACCCCUAAGGUAAAGUCUAACACUCCUACUACUGUUACAUCCAAGAACUGUCCAAAUUGGACCACUACGGGAUUAGUUAUCGACUUUUGGAAAUUGAAUUUUAAAUUUCGACCAAUUUUUGGCCCAAAAUUGAGUAUAUCUUCCGCCGGAAUCAACCAUUUCAGUCUAAAUGUGGUUUUUCUGAAUCUAGAGUGACGCUAGCUUCUUCCCAGAAUGUUUCCAGAAAAAACCUAUAGAGCACGUUUCUGUAAAAAGCAAAAAAGUUGAAAACGUAAAGGUUUCACCGUAUAAAAUGUCGCCGCAAGCCGAAAAGGGUCGGGCGCAGCUCGAAAGGCGAAAAUAAUAUUUUUUCUUCGAAAAAUCUUAUUUUAGUGUCGACAAGCUGAAUUCAGAUGAAAUACAGACAGACAGAGCACGCAAACAUUAACUCAAUGUCAUUUUAAUAUUUUUAAUGCGUUUUCAGGCAAUUUCAUUGGAUUUUGCUUUAGUUUCACACUAAAAUAGUAUUUCUCAAAAAAAUGUAUAUUAUUUUCGCCUUUCGAGCUGCGCCCGACCCUUCUCGGCUUGCGGCGACAUUUUAUACGGUGAAACCUUUACGCUUUCAACCUUUUCGCUUUUUACAGAAACGUGCCCUGUAGGUUUUUUCUGGAAACAUUCUGGGAAGAAGCUAGCGUCACUCUAGAUUCAGAAAAACCACAUUUAGACUGAAAAAGUUGAUUCCGGCGGAAGAUAUACUCAAUUUUGGGCCAAAAAUUGGUCGAAAUUUAAAAUUCAAUUUCCAAAAGUCGAUAACUAAUCCCGUAGUGGUCCGAUUUGGACAGUUCUUGGAUGUAACAGUAGUAGGAGUGUUAGACUUUAACUUAGGGGUAGUUUCUAAUUUACAGGUCGUUAGCAAAAUUUUAUAAGGGUUAUGUCAACUGGGGGUACUUUUAGGACAUUUUUUGUCAUAAGUCCCAAAUAACGCUUCGAUGGGCUGAACCACUAUUAUGCCGUUACUCAGUAGGGUACCCUCUUUCAUUUCUGCAUGGAGGUGCCGACUCGUCCGGAAAGGGUUAAAGUAUAAUUUUGUUGUUUUCUCUUUUCUUGCGAUGAUUUCUUGUAGUCAACUGCAUUAUUUUUAGAUUUCCGGGUUAUGGAAAACUUGAGGCUCAAGUGGAAUUGUUAUCUAACAAAGUAAGCCAACAUGAAGAUGAAAUAAAAGAAAAUGAAAAGAGAAAAACAGAAGAAAUUGAAAAGAGAAAAGAAAUCGAGGUGGAAAAUAAACGGUAAGGAAUCAGAAAUUGAAGUUUAACAUAGCCUAAAACAAUAUAAAAAAAUCAUCGUUUAGACUGCAAGUUGAGAAUUCAUAUUUGAUGCAAGAAGUGAACCGACUCGAGGAUACUGUAACUGAGCUAGCUAAGUAAGUAUUAACUUAAAUAAGGAUUCAAAUCACUUGUUCUCAGAUCGAAGCUUGCUCUAGAAAACGUGGUAUCUCAACUUAAAGAUGACCUCGUAAAGAAAGACCGAGAAGAUUCAAAACAUGUUAAAAGAUUGGAGUACCAGCUUCAAGAGAUGACAACAAAGUUUGCAAUAGAAAGUCAACGAUAUCAGAAGUUGGAAGAAUCGAAUCAAAAAAAUAAGAAUAAAGUCAGCAGAUUGAAGGAAGAGAACAAAAAAAUGAUGGAGGAAGUUCGAGAGUUCAGAAAGAUCAAUCAGUUCAGACUCCAGAAGAAGGAAAAAAGGGAUCUGGAGUUACAAAACCUCAUGAUUCCGAGGCCUACGGGUGAUUAA